AUGGCUGUGUCAGCUAAUGGCUGGUCAACGGAAGAGAUCUUCCUUCAGUGGCUGCAAGAGUUCAUUACGUUCACGGGGGCGACCACAAACAACAAGCAGCUUCUCAUCGUAGACAACCACUACACACACUGCAACCUCAAGGUCUUGACUCUAGCGCGGGAGAACGGCGUGGUGAUCCUGACCCUGCCACCGCACACCUCGCAUAGGCUGCAGCCGCUGGACGUCGGCUACUUCAGCGCCUUCAAGGCCAACUACGGCAAGGAGCUGAACUCGUGGAUGAUGAGCCAUCCUGGACGUAAAGUAACCCAGUACGAGAGCCCUGACGUGUGA